AUGAGUACUUCCAGUAGCGGGAAGACGGGAUCGGCAGACCCGGACUUACGCCGUUGCAGAAGUGCACGGUUGCGAUCCGCCCGGUUGGCCUAUGGCACAACAGCGGAUAUGUUCGACGAGUACCUUCACGUCGGGGAGACAACUGGCCCGAAUGUCUCAAGACUUUUUGGAGCAUCGACUGUAUGCACUGGCAGUGGAAGAACAACAUCGACGGGGUGGAGAGGCCAAUUUACCAGUGGCUACAAGGGCAACCACCCUACGAUGAUUCUGGAAGCCGUCGCUGACCACCGCCUUUGGAUCUGGCAUGCUUACUUCGGUGUAACCGGGUCGAACAAUGACAUCAACGUCCUCAACUCGUCCACCCUAUUCGCCGAUCAGUGCAGGGGUUGCGGCCCGGCCAUCGAGUUCACUGCCAACGGCCGCAGACAUCAUAUGGGGUACUAUUUGGCCGAUGGCAUAUACCCAAGGUGGCUUGUUUUUUUGAAGACGAUCAGCUGUCAAAUUGGGAAAAGGAGAGUCUUGUUUGCAAAGCAGGAGUCCGCGCGGAAGGGUGUGGAGCGGGCUUUUGGGGUGCUCCAAUCGUGGUGGGCAAUCGUGAAAGGUCCGGCGCGUUUCUGGUACAAUGAAGUCAUCGCCGACGUCAUGUAUGUAUGCGUGCAUCAUCAUGCAUAA